GUGUAGCCAGUAGAGGUGUUAUUGCCUAGAGUUAUAUUCAGUGAGAGGAAGAAACAGUGUUGGCCUGUGUUGUGCCCAGUGUGACAAAGAAGACGUACCCUCUAUACGACGUGUCGUGGAAGUCACUCAUUACAUAUGUACAGGGACCCCUUUGCUUACGAACAUUCGACUCACAAACUUUCACAGACAUGAACAAACCUGUUACCGUAUGGCCACUUGGCUGUUCGGACCGAGUCAUCCCCAUACAGACCAAGUGGUACGAUCGACGUGACUGUGUGGUGCUGGAGUUCUGUGUGGCUGACAGCAACCGCGUGAAUAUCAACUACGAAGAGGACAAAAUCACAUUCAGCUGUCUUGGGAGCGAUUGCAGAAGUUUCCUGAAUGUAAUUGAGCUGUACGACAAAAUUACGAUUUCGAAAUCGAGUCACAAAAGAACUGAUCGGACAGUGGUAUGCAUCCUUACAAAAAAGAGUUCUGGAAAGUCCUGGCCAAGACUGACCAAAGAUAAGGCUAAGUUGAGUUGGCUGAGCGUGGACUUUGGCAACUGGAAAGACUGGGAGGAUGACUCGGGAGAUGACCUGGCAAAAUUCAAUGACAUGUCUGAUGGGGAGUUUCCCGACAGUGAUGACGAAGAUUGAAAACUUUGAGAAUACUGCAUGCUUCCUGCAGCAAGUCGUCUGUGCUUCGAGGGUUCACGUUCACGAAAGAUUUCAUACAAAUACCCUUCCCAUAGUACCUAUUAUUCAGAAUCAAAGAAAAACAUUGUAGACACUCUUAAACAAUGUACACUAUUCGAUAUAAGCCACUAUUAAUUCACAGCACAUUCUAUGCUGUUUAUAAUCGCACAUAUUUCAGUAAAAGACUCUACGCUUCAACCAAGUAUAACAAAUAACCCUGCAAAACUAUAUCGAGCGCCAUCAAUUUAAACCGAAAACAAUAGUGUAGUCCUUUAAGAGGCCACCAAUUAAAAUAGUUCAUUGAGGAAACUUGCAGUACUAUCGGUUGCUUAGAUAACUUCAAUAUGCGCUGCAAUCAACAGAGAUGAUGAAGGUGCAAAAGAAGUUCAACAUACGUAUUCACUGCUUUAGGGGCAACAUAUACACCUCUUCUGCCCUAAGGUAGCAACAGGUUGGAAAAAAGAGGGUAAACACUGGCCAGUAUUGUUGAAAAGAGGAUAUGGGUAUACAUUUUUUUAGUGCACUGGUUGAGCACUCUUCCCAGGAGAAGCUACUUGGAGCCAUCACCAGGGUCACAAAUUGAUCAUUAUUUUUCCUAACACGCUACACAGUUGAAUGCAAUCAGCUGGAUUUCCGACUACAUUCCUAAAAGCCAGUGUUUUUAGAAUUGGCUGCAGUUAUACUUACACACACAUAUGCAAAAUGUUUGCAGGAUGUUGCGGGUUAUAAAACUUUACGUUCACUUUUUGAGCUUCCAGUCCAUUACAAAAUAAUCCGUCGGUUGGUCUAACGUCUCUCAAGUAAAUGUGGCAACCUUUCCGACAUUGUGCUCAUCAUUCUCAGAGGGGUACCACCUCCUGGACCCAGGUGCACAUCUCUACACCUCGCCCAUUAUCCAUCAGUCAUUCUUGAAGGGCAUCAUGAGUAAAAUUGCAGUCUGCGGUGGCUUUUCAGUCCAAGGCAACCUGGCAAAUCCCGAGACGCCACAUUAGGCAUCCUUUGCAUUCGAUAUGCAUUUCCUCGGUUUUUAUAGAGACAUGAGUCAUUGGUCAAACGUCAAUGCCCACGCUCAAGAGAAGUAUUAACGGGCUGACCAGUUAGGCAGUUACAGGUGGCUGGCCUGCCAGUUAAAACAUGCAUGGGUAUUGACGUAUUUCCCAACCAUUUACAUUCUAUAGUGUAAGUACUGUUGUAAUUAUUCAUGUUAAUGUUGUACACCCUCGGAAUCCAGUUUACUCAAGACCUUAGUUUUACCAUUGUUAAAGUAUAGUUUGAGUUCACACCUGAUUACACUAACACAAUCUUUGUCCCUGAGUAGUGUUAUUUUUGAACGGUUUUAUUCAAUGGUUUUAUUUAACUCGAAUCCUGUUUGUCGUGGUCAAAUCUUGCCAUCAAAAUUUAGUCUACUCCCUGUUCCAAUCAAUUCGAAAUUUUGCACACGUACUCAGAUCCGGUGACAACACAUGCCCGUAUCAAAAUCGGCAUUAAUGUGUAAUGGGCUCGAAUUAGGCACACACAACUUUUUGGGAGGCAACACUUUAUUGUUAACUCAACGUAACACUUCACAUAGGGUGGUGACCACCGACCUAUUCUCGCUAACGCACACCACUCGCUAACUGAUUCUCGCAUACGACUCGCGUGACCAAGCCAGGAGGGCUACUCGCUGGUCAUGCUGACUUGACUUCUUCAUGAGGCGUCUUUCUUGACACAGCACUUUCGAACCUGGUGAGGAGGAGCCUUAUAUGCGCCUCGGUGGGUCCGGGCCACGCCCUGGCCACGCCCACCUUCGAGAAGCUCCUCGGCUGUCCACGUGGCCCCCAAGGUGGCCCCUGGCCCCCACCUUGAUCCGGUCACGUGUUCAGCCAGGUUCACUCGAGUGCCACGCCGUCACAACCCACGUGGCCCUCACCCACGGCCUCCAGAUCCCCUGAACCGGCCCUGACGUAAUUCCCACCCCCAGAUGGGGUGACCUCAUGUAUGUAGACCAGCGUGGUAGUGACGCUCCCCCGCAUAGUGACGUCACGUGUGUGUACACGGACGCUACAAGUCACUACAAAUUCAUCAAUUUGCUUCUUUAAAGCAAUUACAAUUUUAGUAUGGACGGCUUAUAUAUUUUUGUGUAGGUCACGGUCCCUAAACUGUGGAAUCAGCUCGCACAAAGCAGGCGUCGUGUGUCUCAGGUGCCAUUGAUGUACUUCUCGACCGUGAGUUAAACGAAAUUGUUAAUUAAACCGUUUACAUUUUUUUUAAAGGAGUUUAUUUCAAUUGCUUAUGCCUAAAAAGUAUAGACAAUGGCAAUUCCCCACAAACUUUGCUUUUGUGACAAGGACUCUGAGAGGAAUGACACAUGCACACACUCAUUGAAAAUAGGUACAUUUCUAAAUAUCAAUGUCCUGGUCACAAAAGCAAAGUUUGUGGGAAAUAACCAUUUUCUAUACAUUUGAGGCAUAAGCAAUUAGGAAAAACACUACCCAGGGACAAAAAAAAUUGUUACACGGUGUUCUCUAGGCCUGUAUCACCGAGCUGUUUAGCGACAAUGUUUAAUGUUGCAUUUUUGAAUAAAAGGAAAACUGAA